AGAGGUCAGGCGUUCGACUUCCGGCAAACAAACCGUUUGGGUUGCGUGGCAGGUGGUUUGUUCCCUUUCUGGCAUGGCGACGGCGACGGGCACGGUACUGCGCCGGUGCGGCCGGGUGGCAGUGGCACGGCUGAGCACCACGCCGGCCGCGCUGAGCGGCGGCGGCCUGCCCACCGUCAUGGAGCGGCACGGCAACCGCCAGGUGAUCGGCUACGGCUACAACGGCGAGCCCAACUACAUGGACCGCGUCGACUACCCGAUCCCGGCCGUCCGCUUCAAGGAGGAAACGCCACAGAUCAAGGCUCUGCGUGAGAAGGAGAAGGGCGACUGGAAGAAGCUGACGCCGGAGGAGGUGCAGGAGCUGUACCGCGCCACGUUCUGCCAGUCUUUCGCCGAGAUGCAGGCGCCGACCGGCGAGUGGAAGCUGGCCUUGGGCGGCACGCUCAUCGCCUGCUCGAUGGCCAUCUGGGUCUACCUCUGGAUGAAGGUCUACGUGUACGACACCAUGCCGGACACCAUCACCAACCCGGAGAAGGUGGAGGCGCAGGUGCAGCGCAUGAUCGACCUGCGCAUCAACCCGGUCGAGGGCGUCAGCUCCAACUGGGACUACGAGAAGAGCCAGUGGAAGAACUAGCUGGCGCCGCCGCCGGCGUGGGGUGGGAUUGGCUGUGACCGGAAGCGGAGGGUGGCGGGCGAGGCGAGUUUCUGGCGCGGCUGUGUCGGCUGUAGUGGGUCUCUAAGGCCCGGUGUAGGUGUCGCGGUCACGGGCCGCCGUGGCCAGGCGACGAGGCGGAGCUGAUCGCUUUGUAAUCUUUUAUAUGUAUGGGCUGUGGCGCUGUGAAGCAUUGUGGUUGGGGCCGGAUGGGGCAGGAAAGCCGCCCGUGUACUUAAAAUUAUGCAAAUAAACUUCCCAAUAUGAUUGGGCCAUGAUUCGUA